AUGUUGAAGAAAUUCAGAAAGAGUGUGAAGGUGACGGAAAAGAAGAGAGGAACCAGCGACACACUUGCGCGAACACCGAUUCGCAGCACCUUUGGUGGCAGCAUCUCUUCUCGAGACGGCGAUCGAAUCUCAUGGAACAGCUCGUCGGCCUCAGACAGCGGGUACGGGAGCAUCAGCAGCAGUAGCGAGUCUCGGACGUCCAGCUCUCACGUCGAGGGCUUCACCCCUUCUUCGAUGGCAUCACUCCCGCCCCCGAGGAGAUGUCCAACAUACUCGUCCAGCCUUUACUCAGACGACGUCGACCAUCAUGAAACGGCGGUCCAUCCGAUGCCAAUCACAGUCGAGGAUGAGGAUGAGGAAGAUGAGGAUCUGUUCGAUCUGCAGCCCGUCACGGCGGUAGAAUACCACGAGGACCACUUCGAUCUCCCGCCCAGGACGCUGAGCAACUACUCUAACAAUUUCACGCCCAAGUCACGAUUCGCCCGGCUCAACCAGCUUCCAUUUGAGGGGAGGUGGACAUCAAUUGAUGAGUAUGUGCGAGGGAGGAAGAAGAGAAGUAGGGCCUCAGCAACCUGGCUGAGGCGGAGAGGCCAUGCAAAAGAGAAGACGCCGCUCAAGGACGAGAUCGCCGAAGGCGUUCCGGCCUUCCAAGAGAUGUGGUUCAGAUCCGUCUGUUUAUGUAUCACGGCGAUACGACAGCUCAUUUCCCCGCGGAAGCGCAGUCUCCAUGAUCUCUUGCGCAUGCACGAGGAUCGACCGCCUGCCCUGACGGAGAUCAUUGCAGUUCAUUUCCCAAGAUGGCCAGAGGCCAAGCACAACAGAGAGCGCGUCAAGAGGACUUUGUGGAUCAGUGUCUGUCUGGUGGGGUAA